ACUUCUCCGGUAGCCCUCACAAAGUUUGCAAAGCGCAAAAACUCCUCACUUGGAGCCCUCCCUCCCUCUCUUUCCCUCUCUCUCUCUCUCUUUCUCUCUCUCUCUCUCCAAUCCAUUACAGAGGCUGUGGAGGUGAUACACAGCCUGGCAGACGCAAAGCAGGGACAAGGUACGCAACUAAAAGGUCGGUCCAGGACGCAGGAUAUUCUGUGAGCAGUUUCUUAAACCAAACAUGAAAUCUCACUUAUUUGCCGUUGAUCUAAUACUUCUGUGCAUAUCUGUCGGAGCAAGUGCAUUGGCAACGACUAUCCCUGCUGUGUCCGCGUCCUUGCCAGCCGCCAAUUUCACCAAUCUCGGCGCAGCGCACAGCUAUGGACCAGACACCACAUCUAUUUCUAAAACCAGGAGGAAGCGUUAUAUUAGUCAGAACGACAUGCUUGCCAUUCUUGAUUACCACAACAAAGUGAGAGGGAAAGUGUUUCCACCAGCAUCCAAUAUGGAAUACAUGGUGUGGGACGACACCCUGGCGAAGACAGCCGAGGACUGGGCUCAUGCCUGCCUGUGGGAGCACGGGCCGUCACACCUCCUUCGGUUCCUGGGUCAAAACCUCUCUGUCAGGACAGGACGAUAUCGAUCCAUUCUUCAGCUGGUGAAGCCAUGGUAUGAUGAAGUCAAAGAUUAUUCGUUCCCAUAUCCACGUGACUGUAACCCUCGAUGCCCCCUCAGAUGCUACGGUCCUAUGUGUACCCAUUAUACACAGAUGGUGUGGGCCACAUCAAACAAAGUGGGCUGUGCAGUUCACACUUGCCAUAAUAUGAAUGUAUGGGGUUCAGUGUGGAAACGAGCAACAUAUUUAGUUUGCAACUACUCACCAAAGGGUAACUGGAUCGGAGAGGCUCCCUACAAAGUAGGUGUACCCUGCUCCGCCUGCCCUCCAAGCUAUGGGGGCUCCUGCAGCAACAACAUGUGCUUCCCCGCUCUCAAGACAAACUACCUGCACUGGUUCAAAUAAACACAGGUUUCCUCUUCGCAUAAGCUGACAGUCGACAGUACCACAAAGACAUUAUUUUAAUCCCGUACGGAUUUGCACAACAGUCUUGGACCACAUUAUUUUGUAUAUAUGGGCUUAUUUAAAGACACAAACAUACAUUUGAAGGCAGCAGAAGAUUUAGCAUUGAUAACUUGUAAAUAAACUGUAAAUGAAUUUGUUAUGUUUUUACCUGAACUUAUAACUUCUAUGACUAUUUUAAUUGAUGAGAUAUAAUUUAUCUGUAUUAUGGGUCCUUAAACACAGUAUUUACUGUAUAUGGUGCUGCAUACACGCGUACAUGCGUUUUGGUUUACCAUUAACAGUGUGGUUAAUUGAGGACAUAACACCAUCAUAGCUGCUCAUAUUCACUCACUAUGGUGCUAUGGGCAUCACACCUACAUGUUGUGUGAGCUGCCUUCGUAGGAAUGUUGUGAUAUAAAGAUCAAAGCUUUCGACCUCAGAGGGGAGAAACUGCAAUGGCGGUUUCACCUCAGUAGCAUCUUUAAUAGCUACGCAUACAAAAUGAAUAUAUUAUUAGUCUGUGAGGUCUAAAAAGACCUAAUGUAAGGACAGAUGACACCUCUCUGUUGUCUAAAGCUUUUGCAGUUUCAACAUUUACGCGUCGCUUUUUGCAGUUUCAAUCUGCACUGAUUAGAUUUUGUUUCAUCUUCUGGGGCAUUUCACAGUUUUCAGUCAUAUUUCACAUGAUAUUUCUACUGGAGAGAGCACAUUCAAUAAUCUGUUCUAUAAUCCUAUUCAUUCUGUGCAGUAUAUUGUAUAUUAUGCACCAAUAUAUUGAUAUAUUGGGGAACUGUGUUUUGAUUACUGAUGUAGGUUUUUGAGCAUUAGGCACUCAAGUGCACCUUAAUUGUUUGUGCUUUUCCAAAAUACAAGGAAAUUUUCUGUGUUUGUACGUGUAGAUAAUCAUUAUAACUUGACUAUCCUUAAACGUCAACUAUACCAUAAGUUAUUCAUUUUUAUAUGGGGAAAUAUUUAAUUGAUAUUAAUUUUUUAUUGUUUUGUAAAAGGAUUGUACAUAUCUAAAUGAUUACAAGGUACAAUAUAUGGUUCAUUUGCAUGUCGACUUUUAUUAUGUUGAAAUUAACUAUAAUUUAAAUGAACUUAAUAGAUUUCUGUAAACUAAGCACUAGUACAGUAUUGGCAGUACUCUUCAACAAGAGAAAGACACAAGCACAUAUCAGCAGCAAGAAGGUAACAAAAAUGUUGUAAUUUAGAAGAAAAUGAUGCUAAAUUAACAUUUUUCAGCACUGACUGUAUUUAAAACAGCACCAACAAACUAUUUAUGCAAUGAACAGCGCUUUUCCUGUUGUGUUUUGUAUUUGUAAUAAAGUGCUCUAUUUUGAUUGUG